AUGGGUUUUAGACAAGUAUUGAUGGAUUGUUCCCUUGUUGAGCUGGGAUAUAACAGUGGUAUGUUUACAUGGGAAAGGGGGCGAAAUACUUUGUCAUGGACACAAGAAAGGUUGGACCGUGGUGUUGUUACAGAUGAGUGGAAGACACAUUUUCCCGUUGCUGCUGUACAUAAUUUGCUAAUGGUAUCUUCUGAUCAUUGCUCUAUUUAUCUAAAUCUGAAUGGUGAAUCAUCGAGCCCAUCUAUUAGUCAGCGUCUUCGCUUUGAAAAUGCAUGGUUAGCCGUACCACAAUGUCAGGAAAUUGUAGAAGAAAGUUGGGUUGAUAAUUCAGGCCUUGAUUUUGCUGCACAUUUACAUGUUUGUAGUUCUGCUCUAUGGGUGUGGGGUUCUGACUAUCGCACACAAUUUGGUGAUGUGCAAGCUGUAUUAGAUUGUGUGGAUAUGAAAGUCACAGCUGAACAUAAUGAUGCCUUGCUAUGA